AUGCCAGUGAGCUGCUGUGGCUCAGAUACUAAUACUUUCUUUCAAAACAGCAUAAGAAGUGAUUGAGCCACACGUAUACUGAAGGAAGGGCUCCCUCGAGUUGUGGUAUGAAGAGAUAAAUCACCAGUCACAGACUAUGCACCCGACUGCUGCUGUUCAGUCAAGGGAAAAUGAAAGUUGGAGUGCUGUGGCUCAUUUCUUUCUUCACCUUCACUGAUGGCCACGGUGGCUUCCUGGGGAGAAAUGAUGGCAUCAAAACAAAAAGAGAACUCAUUGUGAAUAAGAGAAAACAUCUAGGCCCAGUCGAAGAAUAUGAGCUGCUGCUUCAGGUGACCUAUAGAGAUUCCAAGGAGAAAAGAGAUUUGAGAAAUUUUCUGAAGCUCUUGAAGCCUCCAUUAUUAUGGUCACAUGGGCUAAUGAAGAUUAUCAGAGCAAAGGCUACCACAUACUGCAACAGCCUGAAUGGGGUCCUGCAGUGUACCUGUGAAGACAGCUACACCUGGUUUCCUCCCUCAUGCCUUGAUCCCCAGAACUGCUACCUUCGCACGGCUGGAGCACUCCCAAGCUGUGAAUGUCAUCUCAACAACCUCAGCCAGAGUGUUAAUUUCUGUGAGAGAACAAAGAUUUGGGGCACUUUCAAAAUUAAUGAAAGGUUUACAAAUGACCUUUUGAAUUCAUCUUCUGCUAUAUACUCCAAAUAUGCAAAUGGAAUUGAAAUUCAACUUAAAAAAGCAUACGAAAGAAUCCAAGGUUUUGAGUCGGUUCAGGUCACCCAAUUUCGGAAUGGAAGCAUCGUUGCUGGGUAUGAAGUUGUUGGUUCCAGCAGUGCAUCUGAACUGCUGUCAGCCAUUGAACAGGUUGCCGAGAAGGCUAAGACAGCCCUUCACAAGCUGUUUUCGUUAGAAGACAGCUCUUUCAGAGUGUUCAGAAAAGCCCAGUGUAACAACAUUGUCUUUGGAUUUGGGUCCAAGGAUGAUGAAUAUACCCUGCCCUGCAGCAGUGGCUACAGGGGAAACAUCACAGCCAGGUGUGAGUCCUCUGGGUGGCGGGUCAUCAGGGAGACUUGUGUGCUCUCUCAGCUUGAAGAACUGAAGAAGAAUUUCAGUAUGAUUGUAGGCAAUGCCACUGAGGCAGCUGUGUCAUCCUUGGUGCAAAAUCUUUCCGUCAUCAUUCGGCAAAACCCAUCAACCACAGCGGGGAAUCUGGCUUCCGUGGUGUCGAUUCUGAGCAAUAUUUCAUCUCUGUCACUGGCCAGCCAUUUCAGGGUGUCCAAUUCAACAAUGGAGGAUGUCAUCAGUAUAGCUGACAAUAUCCUUAAUUCAGCCUCAGUAACCAACUGGACAGUCUUACUGCAGGAAGAAAAGUAUGCCAGCUCACGGUUACUAGAGACAUUGGAAAACAUCAGCACUCUGGUGCCUCCGACAGCCCUUCCUCUGAAUUUUCCUCAGAAAUUCAUUAACUGGAAAGGGAUUCCAGUGACCAAAAGCCAACUCAAAAGGGGUUACAGCUAUCAGAUUGAGAUGUUUCCCCAAAAUACAUCUAUUCCCAUCAGAGGCCGUGUGUUAAUUGGGUCAGACCAAUUCCAGAGAUCCCUUCCAGAAACUAUUAUCAGCAUGGCCUCAUUGACUCUGGGGAACGUUCUACCCAUUUCCAAAAAUGGAAAUGCUCAGGUCAAUGGACCUGUGAUAUCCACGGUUAUUCAAAACUAUUCCAUAAAUGAAGUUUUCCUAAUUUUUUCCAAGAUAGAGUCAAACCUGAGCCAGCCUCAUUGUGUGUUUUGGGAUUUCAGUCAUUUGCAGUGGAACGAUGCAGGCUGCCACCUAGUGAAUGAAACUCAAGACACCGUCAUGUGCCGAUGUACUCACUUGACCUCCUUCUCCAUGUUGAUGUCACCUUUUGUCCCCCCUACGAUCUUCCCCGUUGUAAAAUGGAUCACCUAUGUGGGACUGGGUAUCUCCAUUGGAAGUCUCAUCUUAUGCCUGAUCAUCGAGGCUCUGUUUUGGAAGCAGAUUAAAAAAAGCCAAACUUCUCGCACACGUUGUAUUUGCAUGGUGAACAUAGCCCUGUCCCUCCUGAUUGCUGAUGUCUGGUUUAUUGUUGGUGCCACAGUGGACACCACAGUGAACCCUUCUGGAGUCUGCACAGCUGCUGUGUUCUUUACACACUUCUUCUACCUCUCUUUGUUCUUCUGGAUGCUCAUGCUUGGCACCCUGCUGGCUUACCGGAUCAUCCUUGUGUUCCAUCACGUGGCCCAGCAUUUGAUGAUGGCUGUUGGAUUCUGCCUGGGUUAUGGGUGCCCUCUCAUUAUAUCUGUCAUUACCAUUGCUGUCACGCAACCUAGCAAUACUUACAAAAGGAAAGAUGUGUGUUGGCUUAACUGGUCCAAUGGAAGCAAACCACUCCUGGCUUUUGUUGUCCCUGCACUGGCUAUUGUGGCUGUGAACUUCGUUGUGGUGCUGCUAGUUCUCACAAAGCUCUGGAGGCCAACUGUUGGGGAAAGACUGAGUCGGGAUGACAAGGCCACCAUCGUCCGCGUGGGGAAGAGCCUCCUCAUUCUGACCCCUUUGCUAGGGCUCACCUGGGGCUUUGGAAUAGGAACAAUAGUGGACAGCCAGAAUCCGGCAUGGCAUGUUAUUUUUGCUUUACUCAAUGCAUUCCAGGGAUUUUUUAUCUUAUGCUUUGGAAUACUCUUGGACAGUAAGCUGCGACAACUUCUGUUCAACAAGUUGUCUGCCUUAAGUUCUUGGAAGAAAACAGAAAAGCAAAACUCAUCAGAUUUAUCUGCCAAACCCAAAUUCUCAAAGCCUUUCAACCCACUGCAAAACAAAGGCCAUUAUGCAUUUUCUCCUACUGGAGAUUCCUCCAACGACAUCAUGCUAACUCAGUUUUUCUCAAAUGAAUAA